AUGUAUAAUAAAUUCCACGAUAUGGACCAGCAGAAGAAUAGAAGAAGCAAGCAGAGGGAUGCGAGAAACUAUGAUUUCAAGAAGACUGGAAAAAGCUUCAAAUACAAGAAGAACGAAUUAAAGAAAAGGGGGUUUGGCAUCAAUAAGAGCUGGAAAAAUAAAAUCAACCACACAUAUGGAGGAGGGGAAAAAAAAGGAAAUAGAAAAAGAUUUAACAAUAACAACAAUGGAAACAAAGAUUAUAUCAAUAGGAGUGGUAGCAAUGUUGCUACUGUUACUACCACUGGUACCAUGAGCAAUAGGAAACCCAUAUGUGAUUUUGAGCAUAUGCUUGAUAAUGUUGUAGAAAAUAAAAUAAGCUUAAAAAAAACAGACGAGCAUUUUAUUCUAAAUUUAAAAAAGUUAUAUGAUAUAAACCAAUAUUGGUUCUCCUUAAAAAAAAACAUGGAACGUAUUGUAUCGAAAUAUGUUUUAAAAAAAAAAAAAAAAAAUCUUCAAUAUGAUAACAUAAAUUUCUAUAUUAAGAAACUGAAGAAAAGGCAGAAAAAAAAGGAAAAAACAAAUGAAAAUGAUGAAACAUUUGUAAAUGAAGAUCAAGAGCAGAAGUAUCAACCCGAAUCAUCUCAACAGAAAUUACUUUUCCUAAAUCCAGAGGAUAUACUUUUCCAGUUUGAUGAGGAGAACAAGGAAAAUACAUUAAACUGCAAAAUAUGGAAAAAAAAAAUAAAACAUUUAUUAAAAAAGAGAAUAUCCUCAUGUGAGGAAAAAAGUACUACAACUAGUCAAAGUGUGGACGAAUAUACGGAGAAACCUCGAAUAAUUGAUAUCUCCAACAUACCCAUUUGUCUGAAGCAGCUAUACGAUUUAGGGAAUGAAUACAAGGAUAGUAACAACAACAGUAUGGAAAUGAAUAAUACUACUACUAAUAAUAAUAACUACCAUCGUGGUAAUAAAAUAAAGCUAAAACUAUUGCUAAAAAGGAAAUUAAAUAUGAGUAGUAUAUACAGUUUACUUUACGAUAUUGGAUUAAAUCUAAUGUAUGAAUAUUAUACAAUUUACAUUAAAAAAUAUUCAGAAGAUGAUGAAAAAAUUCAUCUAGAAAUUAUUCACAAUAAGAGCAAUAUCUUCAGUGAUAGAAUUAAUAAUAUGGUUGUUUUGUUUAAAAAAAAUCCGUUGGUGUAUAUUAUGUAUAUAAAAGUAUUACUUGAUUUCUACAAAAAAAGAGAAGAUGUAUUUAUCAAAAAGUCCAUUUUGGAAUGUCUGAAACAUGUAUUUAUUUUUGUUUUGCCAAACGAAAAUUUAGAAACCGUAGAAGAAAAUAAUAAGACAGUUAUGAAUUAUAUUUUAAACAUACUAUUUAACAGAUUUAAUUUUAAGGAAUAUAACUUUUCUUCUUAUUAUUUCUUUCUCAAUUCGCUACUGUACAUAUAUGCCUUCGAGAAUUAUACAAAGAAAUUAUUUUUGCAAUACAUUUACAUUUUGAAGAAUGGUAUAUACAGUUCAAUACCUAGUGUCUUUUUUGUAUCAGCUAAUAAUUUGAAUGAAUUUUGUUUAAAAAAAAAAGAGAAUAAAUUUGCAAACUUAAAUAUUCUACUGGAUGGAUACAUAACUAUUAAUAAGGGAAACCCAUUACUUUUAAAUAUUUUGAAACAUAUAAUAACUAUAGAUUAUAUGAAACGUUAUGUUAUGUUUUACUGUUUUGAACAAAUUUUAUCAAAUUUGAGAUUAUGUGUUGAACAGAUUGUUCAGUCUUUAAAAAUUGGUGACAAGGAAAAUAUUAUAAAUGAAAAAUUGAAGAAAGAAAUUGUAAGCAUGAAUAGAUGUUUAUACGUUUUAUACAAAAUGAAAACGAACUCAUUUAAUGAUAUUACGGAAAAUAUUAUCUAUUUUACUACAUACAUUUUUGAAAUGUUUUCAAAAAAUGUGUUUGAACUUAAUGAUAAAAAAAAUAUUCUUCUCAAAGAAUGGAGCAUAGAAAAAAUGAGUUACAUUAAAUAUGUCCCUAUCGAUACCGAAAAUUGGGAAAAUAAAAAAGAAGCGAAGAAUGGAAUAAGAUGUGCAACCAAUGUGAAUUUAGGGACUGAAAAUUCAUGUCAUGGAAAUAAGGAUUCAGGUGCUAACAAAAUAUGCACGAGAGAAUUAGAAGAAAGAAGUCGAAAUGGUGAAUUAUAUAAAAAGGAGAAUGCACCGAAUUGUAGUAAUGGAAAUGCAACGAACCUUAUGGGUAUGCUCAGAAACUUCCAGACAGUGCCAAAUGAUAAUUCUUGGUCUAUGGGAAGUACGAAAGAGACAAAUAUGAUUAUCAGUGAGGACCUCCAAGAAGAUAAAAAUAAGAAACAUAGCAAACGUCACUGCGAUGAGGGCGAAAUGAAACGUGAAACGGAAGAGAGAGUUGAAGAUGGUGAGAUGAGAGAACUAAAAGGGAGGGGAAGCAAAAAUUGGCUCCAAAAUGGGUACCUAAAUGGGGUUCAAAAUUGGCCCCAAAAUGAGCGCCAAAAUGAACCCCAAAAUGAGCACCAAAAUGGGCCCCAAAAUGGAAGAAAACACGAAGAUGGCAAAAAAAAGACAACAGAAGAAACGCUUCUGCAUAAACAGUGCCUGUAUGGAUAUUUGAGCAAAACAAUCCUCAAGCUAUUAUCCAGUAUUUUAGUGAAUAACAUAUACUUCAUAAUUUACAAUAGAUGCAUUUUACUUAAAAAUAAGAACGGGAAAGAAACAGGGAGUGAUGACCGACCAUCAGAGGAUAAAUACUUACACAGCUUAAAUUUUUUGUCCCUAUUAAAAAUUAUAAAAAGCGUAGAGUCCUACAAAAUUAAAAUAAAUUUUUUAACCAUUAUGUUUCUACUUUUGUAUUCAUCAAAUCAAAUAGAUGACAAUAUAUAUUGCUAUUUUUAUAGUAUUUUAAAAAAUAUGAAUUAUUACGAAAAUGAACAUACAUAUAAUUUCUACGGCUUACUAACAGUACUAAUCUUAACAGAUAGAAAUUUAAUUAGAAACGUAAGCUUUAUAAAGAGAAUUUUUCAGCGUAGCAUUCAUUCAAAAGAAUCUUGUACUCAUUUAUUUUCCCUAAUGAUGAUUAGAUAUUUAGUUUUUAAAAAAAAUAUCCUAAUGAAAUUUUUGUACAAUGAUGAGAAUAUUUUAUAUACACACAAUUUAGAUUACGUAAAAAAUUCAUAUAUUGUAAAGUUCAAUAAAUAUCAUAAAGGAGAAAAAAAUGUACUUGUGAAUGAUAAAAUAUUUCUCUAUGACGAAUCAGUAAAUAAUCCAUUGGAUGCUAAUUCUGUGUUAACUCAUUUUUAUGAAUUCUACAACUUUUCAUCUAUGUUAAAUGAUAAUUUUAAGAAUGUUCUGUUCGAAUUUAGAAAUAUAACCAUUUUUAAUUAUAAUUUUAUUCAAAUGAAAAAAUAUAGUCAGCAUAAAAACAGUUUGUCAUAUAAUGGAUUCUUGAAUAGUAGACCACUUUUAAGAAAUUCUUGUGAAAAAACAAACACAACUGAUAACUCUGCUAAGGAAAAUCUGAAUGGAAGCGCAGGAAGUGGUGGAUCGCUCUUGGUGGAUGAUAAACAACUUUCCAAUAAUGCAGAUUUGUUUGAAAAAAAUUGUAACGAAAGAAUUUCAGGAGGGAGCAUUCUUGGCAUAAAGGACACAGACAAGCAAAUAGAUCAGCACAUCAUGGACAAUGGAAACGGCAUUGAAAGGGGCCAUAAUAAUAACAGCUAUGAGAAGGAUCAUGAUGAUGAUAUAGUAAUUAAUAUAAGGAACAAUAGACAAUGGAGAAGGAAAAAACAAAUCAAUGACCAUACGAAUGAAUUAAACGAGGGUGAAAUAAAUUCAGUUUUGCUACCGCCAACCAAAAAUGAAGCAACGAUUAAUCAUCAAGCAAAUAAUUUCACUCAACACUAUCCAAAUCAGUACCCACCAGAACCACCCAUGAAUUUGUAUGAUUGUUCUAAUAGUUAUUAUCAUAUGUAUGAUUAUCAAGCUAAGGACGUCAUUAACAUUCUGGAUAAGUUAUCGUUGGAAUAUAAAAAUGCUCAGCAGCAAGUGAAUAUGCUUAACAUUUUUAACAAUUUUAUACACGAUUCAUGCAUUAAUGAGAAGAGUGAGGGAAAGGAAGAAAUAAAAAAUCAACAAAGAUUUAAACUAAUGAACAACCCAUAUCAGAAAUAUUUUUAUGAUAUACUAAAUACCUACAAUAAUAACAGUUUUAAAAAAUUUAAAGAUAAGUAUCAAAUUAAAAGAAAAAAACAAGAGGCUGGUGAGAGAGAAGGUGCAAGCAAAAGUAACGAUAUUGACAAUGAUGAUGAUCAUGACGAUGAUGGAUCGGGGUCAUUGAUAGAUGAAGAACAGGAAGAAGAUGAUUUUUUGGAUGACUACAUUGCCAAGAAUUUUGACAUAGGUAAAGAUUUAGAUGACGAUAUGGAUUCGCCUAACAAAAUGUCACACAAAAAGAAAAAAAGAAAAAAAAGUGAACAAGAUAAUUUUUCGAAAGAUAAGAAUUUUAAAAAAAAUUCCAAAAAGAAAAAAGCGCAACCGUCCGAUGCACCUACAGAUGGUGUGAUGGAAUUUUCAGAUUUUGCCAAGUUAAAAAGCAAGAAAAAGGGUAGAAUAAGUUAG